AUGGACCUAAACGAAGGUAAAAGCAUUUGUUUGCAGGGUGUUUCGGAUUUUGGAACUGUGGGUAAGAGUGGCAGGUCCCGGUAUCAGAAGCGCGCGCGCGCCCAGGCGCAGCUCCGCAACCUCGAGGCUUAUGCCGCGCAGCCGCACUCGUUCGUGUUCACCCGGGGUCGCGCCGGCCGCAGCGUCCGGCAGCUCAGCCUGGAUGUCCGGCGGGUCAUGGAGCCGCUCACCGCCACCCGCCUGCAGGUGCGGAAGAAGAAUUCGCUGAAAGACUGCGUUGCAGUGGCUGGCCCCCUCGGGGUCACACACUUCUUGAUCUUGAGCAAAACGGAGACCAACAUCUACUUUAAGCUGAUGCGUCUCCCUGGAGGCCCCACCUUGACCUUCCGAGUUAACCAGUACACACUCGUGCGUGAUGUGGUCUCCUCACUGCGACGGCACCGCAUGCACGAGCAGCAGUUCGCCCACCCGCCGCUCCUGGUGCUUAACAGCUUCGGUCCGCACGGCAUGCACGUGAAGCUCAUGGCCACCAUGUUUCAGAACCUGUUCCCUUCCAUCAACGUGCACAAGGUAAACCUCAACACCAUCAAGCGCUGCCUCCUCAUCAACUACAACCCCGAAUCCCAGGAGCUGGAUUUCCGCCAUUAUAGCAUCAAGGUGGUUCCUGUGGGUGCAAGUCGUGGGAUGAAGAAGCUUCUCCAGGAGAAGUUUCCCAAUAUGAGCCGUCUGCAGGACAUCAGCGAGCUGCUGGCCACGGGUGCAGGGCUGUCAGAGAGCGAGGCGGAACCCGAUGGGGAACACAACAUUACGGAGCUGCCCCAGGCCGUUGCCGGGCGAGGCAACAUGCGGGCCCAGCAGAGCGCCGUGCGGCUCACUGAGAUAGGUCCUCGGAUGACUCUGCAGCUCGUGAAGAUCCAGGAAGGAGUUGGGGAGGGGAACGUGCUGUUCCACAGUUUUGUGCACAAGACGGAGGAGGAGCUGCAGGCCAUCCUGGCAGCAAAGGAGGAGCGGCUGCGGCUCAAGGCCCAGAGGCAGGACGAGCAGGCCCACAACGUGCAGCGCAAGCGGGAGCAGCGAGAGGCCCACAAGAAGAAGAGCCUGGCGGGUAUGAAGAGGGCUCGGGUGGAGGCCGAAGGUGACAGUGAUGCCGAGGACCCGGGGGCUCCACCAGAGGCAGCGGGCGCCGGCCAGCCUGAAGAGGAAGAGGAUGAAGCCGAGUAUUUCCGCCAGGCCGUGGGCGAGGAACCUGACGAGGACAUGUUUCCUGGGCUGACCAAGCGGAGACAGCGCAUGGGCCCUCCACGGAAGAAGCAGCGAGUGAAGGAGAAGAGGCCAGAUCGAGGUGCCCCGCCCUGCCCAGCCAACAUCACGACAGCUGCGGAACAGGUCCUCAACAGCAUCCAAGAGGCUUAUCUGUGGCCUGUGCUGGUCGUGGAGUUCCUGGUGGCCGUGGGAAGCAAUGGCCUGGCCCUGUACCGCUUCAGCACGCGGGAGCAGCGCCCCUGGCACCCAGCUGUGGUCUUCUCAGCCCAGCUGGCCAUCAGCGACCUGCUGUAUGCCCUGACACUGCCCCCGCUGGCUGCCUACUUUUACCCACCCAAACGGUGGCAUUAUGGGGACGUCGCGUGCCGCCUGGAGCGCUUUCUCUUCAACUGCAACCUGCAGGGCAGCAUCAUCUUCAUCACCUGCAUCAGCCUCAACCGCUACCUGGGCAUCGUCCACCCCUUCUUCACACGCAGCUACCUGCGGCCCAGGCAUGCCUGGGCUGUCAGCGUGGCCGGCUGGGCCUUGGCUGCUCUGCUAGCGAGUCCCACGCUCUACUUCUCCCGCCUGAGCUACUCCAAUGUCACUGUCAAGUGUCUGGGGACCGCGGAUGACCAUCACCUCGAGGCCUACAGGGCCUACAGCCUGACUCUGGCCGGCCUGGGCUGUGGCCUGCCCCUGCUGCUCACGCUGACCGCCUAUGGGGUGCUGGGCCGGGCGGUGUUGCGAAGCCACAGCAUGAACGCAGCCGAGAAGCUCCACGUGGCGGUGCUCGUGGUCAGCGGGGUGGCCCUCUAUGCCUGCUCCUAUGUGCCCUACCAUGUCACGCACGUGCUCAACGUCUGUGCCCGGCUUCGUUGGAUCGCUCAGUGUCCGAGCUUUGUGACUAAGGCCGAGGCAAAAGCUGCGCUGGACCAGCGCUCCUACACGGCCUACCAGGUGACACGCGUGCUCAUGCCCCUGGCCAUCUGCAUCCACCCGCUGCUCUACAUGGCCGUGGCGCCCAGUCUGGGCUGCUGCUCUAGAAAGCAGGGUCCAGAGGGGUCUGAGAGCUCCAGCCAAGGCGUGCCCCUCACUGUCACAGCCUCCUCCAAGGCCUCGGCGCCAACCCUGUGA